AUUAUCUUUUUCUUUAAACUGCCCUAGUUUUAUUUAACAAUUUAUAAGUGUGAUAAAAAGAUGUUUUUACAAUAUGAGGGCCUGUAAAAGUUGGUUUUUAAGGGUUUUGCUUUUCCAAAUUUAAAUCAUGUUCAGGGACAAGGGACUCAUGGCAACUGCGACAAUGGCCACUGCAGCAGGUGCUGCUGCACUUUUGUAUUAUACACUGAACAAAAAAUUACAGUCUAAUCCAUUAACAGGUGAUGAAGAAGACGGGAGUGAUGUACAGAAUCAUGCUCCAUUAGGGAUUGCUAGGGUCUCUCAUAGGCUUGUUCAAGCUCCUGCCACGUGGAUAGAGACAAUUUCUACUUUGUCGGAGACUCUUAGAUUCACUUAUUCCGAGACUUUGGGAAAGUGGCCCAUUGGGGAUUUGGCGUUCGGUAUCAGCUUUCUCUUAAAGAGGCAGGGGAACUUGCAUUUUGGUCACAUAUUUGGUGAUAAAGAUAGUUCACAGCUCAAAGGACCUGAAAUUGCUGCAGAGCUUAGAUACCUCUUGAAUUUGCUAACCCUCUGCUGGCAUUUCUCCAAAAAGCCCUUUCUUACGUUUCUGGAGGAGACAGGCUAUUCUGAAGAAGAUGUUCUUCUUCAAGAACCCAAAGCUGGAAUUUUAAAGCCAGCCUUCACUGUUUUGGUUGAUCACAAAAUGAAAAGUUUCCUCUUACUAAUUCGUGGAACUCACAGUGUAAAGGACACUUUGACAGCUGUUACUGGUGCAGUGGUACCUUUCCAUCAUACAGUGGUACAUGAUGGAGGAGUCAGCAACUUGGUUUUAGGUUAUGCCCAUUGCGGAAUGGUUGCAGCUGCUAGGUGGAUUGCAAAACUUGCUACUCCUUGUCUAGAGAAAGCCCUUAGCACUCAUCCUAAUUACAAACUUACGAUUGUAGGACAUUCUUUGGGUGGGGGCACUGCUGCACUUUUGACAUAUAUAUUACGUGAACGGAAAGAAAUGUCAACCACAAACUGCGUUGCAUUUGCUCCAGCUGCUUGUAUGACGUGGGAGUUAGCUGAAUCAGGAGCCGACUUUGUUACUUCCGUGAUAAAUGGAGCAGAUUUGGUGCCUACAUUCUCUGCUGCUUCAGUGGAUGAUUUGCGCACUGAGGUUACGGCUUCUGCUUGGUUGAAUGACCUGAGGAAUCAGAUUGAACGCACCAGGGUUCUGAGCACAGUUUAUCGCUCUGCUUCAGCUUUGGGUUCUCGACUUCCAUCCAUGGCCAGUGCUAAAGCCAAAGUUGCUGGUGCUGGUGCAAUAUUACGUCCAGUUUCCAGCGGUACUCAGGUUGUUAUGAAGAGAGCACAAAGCAUGGCUCAGGCAGCUUGGUCACGCCCUUACCUACGCUCAUGGUCAUGCAUAGGUCCACGUCUUCGAUCCUCAAUUGCUCAGAUAAAUUAUAAUGAAGGAGAAGACUCAUCAGGAUCUUCUUCAACUCAAAGAGAAACUUCGGAGCCUUUUCUCACGACCACUGAAGAGACAAGAACGGCUAUUGAAAAUAUGGAACUUCCUGUAUCUUCUUCUGAUGGAAUCGUUGAGAGUUCAGACAACUUUAUAGAUGAGGUUGGUGUCUCAGAUAGUAUGGCUACUAAGGAUGAUGACGACGAGGUUGCGUAUGAUGUAAGGCAUGAAGAUCACACAAUGGAAAUAGAGUUGUGGGAACAACUCAAGCUCAAGCUUAAUGAGCAAGCUGAUAGUGGUGAAGCCGAUGUGGCCAAGGAAAUUAGGGAAGAAGAAGAAGCAGCCAUUGCAGAAGUAAGUGACAGCCAGACCCAAAGCUCAAUCCCAGAUGCGAAGGAGGUGCAUAGAUUUUUCCCUCCGGGAAAGAUAAUGCAUAUUGUGACACUAACAUCCGACGAAGUGGGCCGUGAGAGUGAUAGCAGUAUUUCCAAUGACGGGGACCAAAGCCAGCCGGAGGAAGAGGCGAAGGUUGGAAUUUUUCUCACUCCCAGGUCAUUGUAUAGUAAAUUAAGGCUAUCGCAUACCAUGAUAAACGACCAUUUUAUGCCGGCUUAUAGAAGACGAAUUGAAAAGCUGAUUAAAGAACUUGAGAAUGAAGUGACUUCUGAUACACACAAUUGUAGCUGAGAAAUUGAACAGGAAGUGCUGUAAACUGUUGGUAGUGAAUUUUGGUCGCAUCUUAGUGUUAGCAUCAAGAGGACUACACAUACCUUAAAGGUGACGUCUUUAACCACAAUUCUUUGUUCUGAAAAUGAUUUUGACAUGUGCAUAGGCUUAAAGAGUUUUCAUUUCCAUUGAUGGUGAGAGUCCCUUUCGCAAUCAUGAAUUCUAUAUUACAUCAUUAAAAGCAUUAUUUUCUUUGGUCCA